ACCUGAAUACUUUUAUUGGGGUGGGUAUAUACGCGCAUGUCAAACUAAAAAAGACUGGUCGAGUAUCAGUUGCUGUAGAAUCACCGGAGGGGGGUUUGCCAUGGCAGAAGACGACAGUCAUAUACCUCCCGCCGAUGAACAAUUGUUCGAUCGAGAUCGGCACAUAAGAUACCUUGAAAUGAAUUACCAGAUACUACCGUCACUAUACGAAGCUCAAGAGAUCAACCAUCUUACUCUCGCUUACUUCAUCAUCUCCGGCCUCCACAUUCUCCGUGCUCUCGAUCGCGUUGAUAGAGAAGACGUUAUUAAUUGGGUUUUGUCAUUGCAAGCUCAUCCUACGAAUGAAGCUGAACCAAACAAUGGCCAGUUCUAUGGAUUCUAUGGUUCUAGAAGUUCUCAGUUUCAUUCUCUUAAAAGCGGGGCCGCCGUUCCCAAUAACAGUCACUUGGCAAGCACAUACUGUGCAUUGGCCAUAUUGAAGACACUUAACUAUGACUUUUCACUCUUCAACUGUAGUUCAAUUUUGAUGUCCAUGAAACAUCUUCAGCAGCCGGAUGGGAGUUUCAUGCCCAUUCACACGGGGGCAGAGACAGAUUUACGGUUUGUGUAUUGUGCUGCUGUUAUUUCGUCUCUGUUGGAUAAUUGGAGUGGCAUGGAUAAAGAGAAAGCCAAGAAGUACAUAUUGAGCUGUCAGUCAUAUGAUGGUGGCUUUGGACUAAUUCCUGGCCAAGAGUCACAUGGUGGUGCAACUUACUGUGCUGUUGCUUCUCUCCGGUUAAUGGGAUUCCUUGAAGAUGACCUCGUCUCUCGAUCCACAUCCUCUUGCAUCAUAGAUGUGCCGUUGCUUCUAGAUUGGUGCUUGCAGAGGCAAGCUAUUGAUGGAGGGUUUCAAGGAAGACCCAACAAACCUACCGAUACCUGUUAUGCUUUUUGGGUUGGUGGAGCUCUGAGGAUCUUAGGGGCUGGUAAAUUUAUCGAUGAAAGAAUCCUACGUGAAUUUUUGCUGACAUGCCAAUCUGAGUAUGGUGGUUUCAGCAAGUUCCCUGGGCAGUUACCGGAUCUUUACCAUUCAUAUUAUGGAUUUACAGCAUUCAGCAUGUUACAGGAGACUGGUCUCAACUCUCUUAACCUAGAGCUGGGCAUAAGUACCAUCACGCUAUGAUUCUAAUAUCAUAUGAAGCCCCUGAAAAUUUGGCGCAACACUUUUGUAAUGAUUUGUACACUGUAAUAUUGUAUUACACUUAUAUAUUGCAACACAAAAUACAGUGAUUUGACAUGAGGUUAUGUUUGGAUGAUAUCUAGUUUGUCCCUGGUGUUUGUUGUUUUAA